AUGCUUCCGUCCGACAAGUGUGAAGGUGACACCGGUGAUGCCUGCCUCGCACCGGGACACCAUGUCCCUCCCUCGUUUGCAACGAUCGCGAUAUCCUCCACCCCACUGAUUGCUACAUUCGUUAUUGUCGCCUUCGUCGCGCUGCACAAGAUAUUUCCUAUAGUUGCUGGCCUGCAACAGUCGAAAGAAGGGGACGAUCAUUAUCUCCCAAGCGAUGCGCCUCCGAGUUUGCGACAGAAACAUGCUGAAUACAGCGCCAGGACGGGGAGACGGAGAGUUAUUGCAAUUGCGUUCUCUACAACGGUUGCGCUCGCUGCAGUUCUAGCAGAAUUGAUACUCUGCGAAAUAUCAAGUACUCUGAAUCCUGUAGCACGAGGUCUGGCGCUGAAGGUUACGAUUCCCACGCUUCUCUUCAUGCUGGUGGUGUUUAUUCCGUUUCUGGAACUUCAAUCUAUCGUAUCUGCCUCAGGGUGGAAUUUUCAAAGGACCGCAGAGGGUAGACUUCCUAGGGUAGCAUGGCUUCUUCAGCUGUGUGGAUUUAUUCUCUGGCUAGCUGGAUUUUGGUGGCUGGGAAAGGGCAUACCGGGAACAUAUAUACAUAAAAUUGCAUCGCAGCCUGGAAAAGGACUGAGUGAAGCGUGUCUUGAAAGAGUCGGCAUUAUUGGGAUAUCAUUAAUGGCACUGUUGUCUGGGUUUGCAGCAGUUUCCAAUCCAUGGCAAACCUUUGGAAUCAGACCAAAACCUGUGACGGAAGCAGAUAUUUCUCGGAAACAGGCUGGUCUUGAUGCGACGAAUGAUAUGCUUGCCGCCAAAAGAAGUCGUCUUCGUGCGCUUCAGCGGAAAAUGAAUGAAACUCCGACAGAAGGAUUUAUGAACAAAGUAUUAGGGUCCAUACGGGGAUCUCCUGAUACCCAAGAACUCAAAGCCCUCCAGCUCGAAAUUUCCGGUCUCGAAUCAAUGGGAUCCAGUCUCUCUGCCUCCCUAUCCCUCCUCCAGAACCGUCUAUCCUUCAACCGACGAGCCUCCUCCCCACUAGGCAAACUACUCCUAACACCCACCGCCUACGCCUUCUCAAUCUACUGCAUCUUCCGCAUCCUCUCCACAACUAUUACUACCCUCCAGCGAACCUUCCUCCCCUCCCCCGACUCCCUCACCUCCUCUACUACGGACCCCAUAAACCGCAUGCUCUCUCUUCUCGCCAAACACGUCGACCCAUCCCUCGACCAGCUCGCCUGGUCCCGCCAAAUCUCCUUCCUCCUCUCAGGCCUCAUCCUCCUCGCCUCCUUCAACAGCGUCCUCCAAACCUUCCACAUGCUCACCAAACUCUCCCCCUCCAUCCUCUACCACGCCCAAACCAACCUCGCGCUCCUCGUCGCCCAGAUCAGCGCUACCUACGUCAUCUCCAGCGCGCUCCUCCUCCGCAGUAAUUUGCCUGUGGAAAUGAAGAGCGUGGUUAGUGAUGCGCUUGGGAGUCCGCUUGAGCCGGGGUUUGUGGAUCGGUGGUUUGAUGGCUGGUUUUUGUUUGCGAGUUUGGGAACGGCGGUGGGGAUUUGGGUUGGGAGACAGGUGAUGGGUGGGUGGGGGAGGGAUUGGGAUGAUUUUGAUGAGGGAGAUGUGGAGAUGGGGCAGAAGAGGAGUUGA